GAAGUUAGAUAAAUUUAUCCUAACCUCAAACUACUUUAAUUUUGACACUGCAUAAAAUACAACUCAAUAAAGUUUUAUUAGAUUUUAUUUCUUAAAAUGUCUCGAUCAACCGCAAGAAUAGACGUGAAAAAAGUCAAUUCUGAAUUAGUAACUUUAACCUAUGGAGCCCUGGUAGCCCAAAUGGUAAAGGACUUUGAUAAUGUCGACGAUGUAAGUAAACAACUCGAAAGGUUGGGUUACAACAUGGGGAUACGCCUAAUCGAAGACUACCUAGCUAAAACAGCAACCGGACGUUGUUUAGAUUUGAAGGAUACAGCUGAUAAGAUCCAAAGUGCUUUUAGAAUGUAUUUGGGUGUACAACCAAACGUGGCGAAUUGGAGCCCCGCCGGAGAUGAAUUUUCUUUUAUAUUAGAUACAAAUCCUAUAACAGAAUUAGUUGAACUACCAGAAGAGAUCAAAGGGUUGAAAUAUUGUAAUAUUAUUUGUGGGGUUAUUAGGGGAGCUUUGGAAAUGGUUCAAUUGGAUGUUCAAUGUUGGAUUGUCCAAGAUCAAUUAAAAGGGGAUGCUAAUACCGAAAUUAGAGUUAAAUUUAUUAGAAGGUUAGAGGAUGCCAUUCCUGCUGGGGAAGAUUAAAUUUUCAAUAAAAAAAAUAAUAUUAUAUAAAACAAGGUUAUUAUACAUAAUUCAAGGCAAUUUAGAGCUAGAAUAUUGUUUUUCCAUGAUUAUAUUUAUAUUUUUAAGAUUUUUUGUACUCUAUUAGUAUAGUGUAUAAGAGUAAAAGUGUAUAAAUUUAUUUAAAAGUUAAAUCUACCUUAAUUUACCUUUG